GAAGACUAAAAAUAGUAAACUUGACCGCCGGAUAAUCGGCACCGUACUGAAACCGAAUAUUCAUUAACUUUCUUACUUGCCCGGCAAGCAAAGUUUGGAAACGUAAACGCCCAAGCAAACAAGUGACGGUGGGCGGCGGCGGUUGUUGUUAAAUAAAAAUCGGGUGUAUAUUUUUAUACGGUCGUAGUACACAGAGUAUUCAUUGUUGUUGUGCUGGUUUGUUUCCGCUCUGGAGCUUUGAAACUCAGCAGUCUCGGUUCCAAAGUAAGUAGACGGAAAUAGCGGUUUAUAUUGCAGUUUACAUUUCAAUGUUGUAAGAUUUUUGUAGAAUAGGACGGAAAAAGAAUUUCUCUGCUUGGCUUUAAAAUGGAUGCCAAACGACAGCUGCCGUUUCCAUCAUUCGUGGACAAAGCCAAAUUGAAGCGAAAGCGGGCUGUAAUCUCAUAUCUGAAUGCUAAAAAGCAGUCACUUGUGUCCCCUGCAAAGAGGGCCAAAAUCACCGGUGGAUUUGUUAAGUGUUGCUCCGACGGCAAGACAGUUGUGGAAAAUUACAGUAAUUUUAAAAAAAGCGGCGUUCCGGCCCGCGUUAUGUAUUUCUGCGAGGGCGAGUGGACGGAUUUCCCGUCUGAAAUUGCUGUGCUCGUCAAGCAGGCUUUGCAAGACGGUAAGACAGCUGUGGAGGUCGCCGUUGACGGGAUUUUGUGCUUGUUGGAUUUUCUGCAUAUGCUACAGAUUGAUCAGAAAUCGGGCACGCAGAGAUCCAUUGCCUGGAUAGACGUUGAUGGAAAAUGUUUUUACCCGAGGAUUGUUUGUCACGAGAUGGGAGAGUUAUGUUCUCUGUCUGUUGACCUCACAUUCCAUGGUGUGGAUCGAUUGGGAAUCGAAAAUUGUAAAGUAGUUACUGAAGAUACGAAAUCUGUCCAAGCGGAGCAGGGUUCUUCUACUAGGGUUUUCGCUGCAAACGAGGCUUUUGAUGGCGCGGGAGAUAAUUUGAUUAAGCUGAAUGAUGAUGACCGGGAGUUUGUCGAUGUGCGAAACAAGUUUUUGGCCGGUCUUAAAACGCUUGCCACUUUUACAAGCAUUAUUGGAAUUUAUCGCAACUCGCAUCGCAGUGUUUCUGGGCGAUCCCGAUUGCAUGCUUUUCAGCGGUACGUGCAUAUCAUUACCAGAAAAAAUGGGGGCAAUGGAAAUAUCCAGCACGCCUGGCACGGAACCUCGAGGGAUGGCAUCUGUGGAAUAAUAAAGCAUGGUUUUGGGCAGCUUAUGAUCCCAAAACAUGGUGCGGUUCUUGGUAAAGGGGUCUACCUUGCACCUGCAAAUUGCUCGAACGUUAGUGCAGUAUACUCUGAUAUUGACGAAAAUGGCGAACAACACAUGAUGUUGUGUCGCGUAAUAUUGGGUAAUAUGGAGGUGGUGAGACCUGGCUCACGGCAAUGUCAUCCUAGUAGUGAAGAUUUCGAUAGUGGCAUAGAUGAUCUUACAAAUCCAAGGCGUUACAUCGUCUGGAGUACAGACAUGAACACGCAUAUAUUGCCAGAAUAUGUUGUGAGCUUUAGGGUUUCUCCGCAUUUACGUGAGCAUUGGUCUAGAUUUAAAGCAAGACAACAUGCAAGAUCAAAGCUCGAGACUGAUGGAGGUCAGCAGUCUUAUUCUGCCUUGGAUAGGAAAUCAGAGCAGCCUUGUCCUGCUUUAGUAAAGGAAUCACGACAUAAUAUGCAGGAGCAUCUCCCGAUGCCAACUUCUGCUUGGAUGUCAUUUCCAAGGUUUUUUAACGUAAUUGAAAAAUUCCUAUCUUCAUCAAGUAUCAGUUUAAUGAAGAAGAAUUGUGCUGAUUACGAGGAAAGCAAAAUCAGUCGAGAAGACCUCAUAAGAAGCGUGAGAAUGAUUGCUGGUGAUAGGUUGGUGAUUGCAGCUCUAAGAAUGUUUGGAGGUCAGGUACAUCCUUCAAUGAAUGAAAAGAUGAGUCCUGGCCCCAAAAAUUGAGCCGUUAGUGGAUUCAAUCUGCAAGUUUGCAACUGUGACGAUUAAUUUUUAAACAAUGCUUAUGAACAUUCAUUGAUGGCACUCAGAAGUUGAUCUCUGAAUAAGUAAAUACGGAGGUCGUAUGUCUUUGAACAGAAGACAUUCUUUCUGUCAAACAUGGAGAAUGAUAAUGCAUCGUUUUUGGAAGUUUAAUAGAUUUCUAACUGUGUGUUGCCUUAUCGAGAGUAGGGCAGCUGCCUUAAGUAAACUAGUUUUGAUGGAUAGGGCGGUAGAAAAGGGGCAUGGUUCCGACUCCUUGAUGACAGGAGUGACAAUUUUGGAAGAACUAUCCCAUUUUAUUUUUUUUAGUAUUAGACUUGUUUUGCAAUUAAAUUUGAGCGAUGCAAUCUGAUAGUUGGAUUUCGAUUUCCACUCUCUUGCCUAUCUUUUUCAUCAGUGAU